CGUAAUGAGCAUUUAACAUUAAUUAUUUCAUUAAAUAAAAAGCAAAAAGGUUAAAGUUAACGGCUCAAAUCACUAUCAAACUUGCUUCUUCCUUAGAGGGUACAAGGGCGACAGUCGGUCCAAAGGACAUCUCUUCCAGAUAUACAUCUCUAAUUUAUCAGUUAUUUGUUUUCGUGGGAGUUGGAAAACUCCCAAUCAUUCGAUUUAAGCUCGAAGAAAGGUAAACAAAAGUACUCACAUUGCUGAGUUUCCUCCUUUGUUGCAAUGAAGCAGCUCUCGAGGGUAGAAAAACCCAGAGUUAUACGAAAGGUUUAUUUCGUGCUCUUCUUCAUAGCUGUAAAUGGAAACCCGAGGACGAAGAAAUGCCUUAUUCAAUCUUAUUACCGGGCAAAGAAUGGCAGUGGACUUAAAGGGACCGGAAAUCUUCUAAGAGUUGGUUUCCCAUUUGGCUCUAACUCAAACCGGCCUAGUCAAGUGUCUUUUACUGGCUCCUGUAGUGAUUCUCCAGCCGAAAUCGAAUUUCAGCUGAUACUCGCGAACAGAAAUGGGACUCUAGUCAUCACCUUACGUUUGAAUGCAAACACUGAUUAUGUGUUAGCAGUAAGAAAUCAGGCGUUGGUAAUUGAGCACCUUAACAAAACUGGCCAUGACCACGAAUUCGUUUACAGCUGUGUCUCAAAAGAGGAUUGUGAGAUUUUUACUCUAAAGAGCUUCAAGUCUCCUUCUUAUGUCAAGACCGAUGAGAAUGGAAACCCAUUAGUUGGUAGUAAUCCUUUGGACGUCACAGCAUGGUUCCAGAUGCUAGAUAAUAAUAUUUGUACCCCAAGACUGAAGGCCACAUAGCGGCACAGUAUGUUGAUGCAUAUAGCCCUUCCAUUGUGUAUUUAUUAGCAAAUACACAGUGCCUGUAAUCUUCGCCUCUAUCAGCUUAAGGAUUAAAGAAGCAAAUAAAGUAUUUUUUGUAGAAAAUUACGUUCAUGAUUGGAAACGAUCUCUUAACACUCUCCUCGGAAAUUGUUGGAGAUUGUUUGAGAAGAUCUGUCCCUGAUAACCCCACGUUCGAUAUUGUUCCAUCCACAUUUACAAAGGAAUAGUGUCAAGCAAGAACACUCUAAAGGAAUCUCCCACUUUUGAAACAAAUUGUCGAUGAUCCAUCAAAAAUGAUCUUUUAGUUAAAAACAUUUUCGCAUAAAUGAGAAUUACGAGCUGGGUGUUGAAAAAAUCGAAACAGAUAUAAGUUUCUUUAACACUAGAAUUUUGUGCUCGUCAGUUAAACAGAAACUUGUUCUUUUGAAGAGAGGGUUAACCAUCAGAAAACAUCAUCAGCGGUGAGAUAACAAAACAUAACGGAUUUUCUUCUAAAUCUUAAAAUAAUAGUUUAAUUGGUUCCUUGUCCAGGUAUACAUGGCGAAUAUGUUUUGCAUACGUGUUACUGAACGUACAUGAACGACCUUCGUAAGAGACACAACAGAGGCAUUGGCACAAGUGUGAUUUCCAUA